UGUAGAAACUGCCAUGGGCACUUCUCUACGAGGCCUUGGUGAUUUCCAGCAGCAGUAUCGAGAAGCGGUUCAUCGGAUGGGCGAAUUUCUUGCUUAUAGAAUAAUGAGGCAAUGGCUGCACAACGAUUGGAUAUUCUCAUUAACGUCGAAAGGUAGAGAGCAAAAGAAGAUGUUAAAGGUAUUACAUGGAUUUACUGAACGAAUAAUUGCUGAAAGAAAGCUAUACCAUGAUCGCACUAAUGGUCAAUACUUGAAGAGCUUUGAUAACGACACGUCGGCAAAGAGAGAUGACGCAGAACCGAUAGGAAGUAC